GCAACGGUUGCCAAGCGACGGCGGCGGCGGCAAAACAUGGCGGCGGAGGCGGAGGAGAGCGUGCCGGUCGGCACCUUCCUCGGCUUCAUGGCCCAGGGGACGCUGCUGUUCCAGCGGGGAGACUACGAUAAGGCCCUGGGCUGCUUCAACAACGCCCUGAAGCUGAGGGCAGGGGACAAGAACGCUCUGGUUGCCCGCUCAAAGUGUUACCUAAAACUUGGGGACACAGCAAACUCCCUGAAUGAUGCUGAAGCUUCCCUCCAGAGCGACAAAACGUUCUCUAAGGGGCUUUACCAAAAGGCGGAGACGUUAUAUACCAUGGGUGAUUUUGAGUUUGCGUUAGUGUUUUAUCACCGAGGCAGCAAACUGCGUCCGGAGCUGCGGAGCUUCAAGCUGGGUAUCGAGAAGUCCCAGGAGGCCAUUGUCAACUGUGUUGGAAGUCCAUCCACAGUUAAACUGGAGAACAGAGAGGAUCUGUGCUUUAUAAGCAGGCAGGCAGAGAGCAACAAAGCAAAUCAGAAACUUCAACUCAAACUGGCUAAGGAUCAAAGAUGCCAACAGAAAUGGAAGUCUGUGAGGAAUCCAAAAACAGAGCGACAGCUUCUUGGAGAGCUUUAUGCUGACAAGGCCUACCUAGAAAAGUUGCUCAAGGAUGAAGAUUUGAUGGAGAGCAGCACAAAGGAGGGCAUCAAAGUAUCAGAGCUGGUUUUGGGUGGCAUUUCCUACCUGGACACACGGAGUGAGUUCUGGCAGCAGCAGAAGCCUAUUUAUGCCCGUGUGAAAGAGCGCAAGCUCCGGAAGCAAAAGUGGAUCCGGGACAAGAAGCAAAAACCAGCUGAUAUUGGCAGAUACAUCAUGAAGAGCAUGGAGGACAUCGAUAUGUUGCUGACUGAGGAUGCCCCUGAAGAGAGCUGCAAGAAAGCUGAGCGUUUGCUGAAAACAAUCCAAGGGUGGUCGGACAAUGAGGUGCCCAACAAGAAUGAGCUGAUUGGAAACCUCUACAGCUGCAUUGGGAAUGCUCAGCUGGAGAUGGGCCGGCUGCAGGCAGCUCUGCAAAGCCAUAAGAUGGACCUGGAAUGUGCCAGGAGGAGCAACCUGCCGGAUGCCAUAUCCAGAGCCCUUGAUAACAUCGGCAGAGUUUAUGGCAGAAUGGGCAAAUUCCAGCAAGCUGUUGACACUUGGGAGGAGAAGAUUCCGAUGGCAAAAUCCAGCCUGGAGAAGACCUGGCUGUUCCACGAAAUCGGCCAAUGUUACAUGGAGCUGAAUCAAGCUGAAGAAGCCCAAAAUUACGGGCAGAAGUCCCUGCAGUUGGCAGAUGAGGAGGGGGACAUUGAGUGGCAGCUCUAUGCCACUGUGCUGGUGGCACAAGCACAAGUAAAAUUAAGGAGUUACCAGUCUGCAAUCAUUAACUUUGAAAAAGCACUUGAGAAGGCAAAGCUUAUUCACGAUGAAGCUGCUCAAAAGGCCAUCAUCACUGCCUUAGAUUGCGUGAGCAAAAGCUUCAUGGAAGAGCUGAAUGAAAAAAGAAAAGAAACGGUUCACUCUCUUAAAGAUGUCAGCAGUGAAACCACAGGAGACGACUUGGAGAAGGACAAGGAGGGAGAGGAGAGUGAACGAGGCACCGAGACUCCAGAAGAGGAAAAGCAAGACGCCGCCGGGGAGGAUUAAAGAAGAUGGAGCCGAUGAAGGAGGGAAGAAACGGGAGAGCGAGGGGGAGGAGGGAGCAGGGGAACCGGCUGGAGCCGUAGGAGCGGGCACCGACCCCCUCGGAGCGUCCCGGUGUGACAAACACGAGCUGUCCCUGC